GGCUUCUCAAAGAAGAGUCACACGUUCCUGCCUAAAAUAUUUAGAAAAAUGUCAACUCAAUCAGCAAAAGAGAGACCGGAAAGCUUGCAGUUCCCUUACCUUGACGACGAAGAUACCAUCUCCACCAUCAAAGAAUCUAAAACCUUUUUCAUUUUGCGAGGCCUGCCCGGCAGCGGGAAGUCCACGCUCGCCCAGGCCAUCCAGGAGAGGUAUAAGGACGCCUGCAAGGUCGUCUCUGUCGACAGCUACAAAAUCACCCCUGUAGUAAGAAGCACCGUUCCUGAAGAAUACUCCAAGGUGGACGAGGAUCUAGUUGACUAUUGCAAACGAGAUAUCAGCGUUAUCGUUUUGGAUGACACUCACCACGAGCGGGAGCGACUGGACCAGCUCUUUGACAUUGCUGACAAAUACCGGUACAAAGUCAUCUUUGCCGAGCCCAAAACCCCCUGGAGGAUGGACUGUUUGCAGCUGAAGGAGAAGAAUCAAUGGAAACUGUCGGUGGAGGAGCUGAAGAAGAUGAAGCCGAGCUUGGAGAAGGAAUUCCUGCCCAUGUAUUUUGGGUGGUUUUUGAGCAAAAGAAGUUCAGAGAUCCUGAGGAAGGUUGGCCAAGCCUUCCUCGAUGAGCUUGGGAGUCUGAAAGCCUUCAAAAAGGAGAGUAAAUACUUUGCUUCAGCCAUCGAAGAUCCCAAAGUAAAAAUCGAUCUCACCGGCUACUUUGUGAAGAGGCCACCCGGGGUCUUGCACUGCACCACAAAAUACACCGAGUUCGGAAAAGCAGCUGGAGCCGAGGAAUACGCGCAGCAAGAGGCUGUGAAGGCUUCCUACGGCAAAGGCUUCACCUUGGCCAUCUCCGCUCUGUUCAUCACGACAAAGACUGUCGGCGCUCGGGUGGAGCUGAGCGAGCAGCAGCUGCUGCUGUGGCCCGGCGACGUGGAUAAGAUCCUGCCCACCGACAGCCUCCCGAAAGGCAGCCGCGCUCACAUCACCCUGGGCUGUGCCAACGGCGUCGAGGCGGUCCAGACCGGGCUCGAUCUGCUGGAGUUCGUGAAGCUGGAAAAGGCGGGGAACAAGGGGGAGGAAGUGGGGGAAACGGGUGGAGGGAAACUGCUGUACUUUGAUAACGGUAUGUGGAUGCUCCGCCUUGCUAAAAAGAUGGAUGUGAAGGCAAUAUUCUCAGGUUACUAUGGGAAAGGAAAACUCGUGCCAACGCAGAGCACCAACAAGCGGGGCUCUGCUUUCAGCUCCUGCACCAUCAUCUAG